CAUACCCAAUAAGUGCUGCUUUGACGAUGAAGUUCGGUCGCAGAAAGACUAUAGGAGUAACGUUUCUAUUAGCUGCUGUCGGAGCAAUCGGGACACUUCUACUGUCAGACAAAGCUGAAAACGAUAAAGGUUACAUGGCUGGGAAAAUCUUCAUGUCCAUGUUCGUUGCAAGGUUUAGCAAUGAAAUAGCCUUUUCAUUGAUUUACAUUUACUCUGUUGAGUUGUUUCCAACAACCGUAAGGAAUGUUGGAAUGGGUACAUCUACAGCUUCCGCCCGCGUAAGCGCUUUUGCCUCAGCUUAUGCUCCGCUCUUGUUGAUCGUUGAUCGUUUUCUUCCCUAUGGGAUAAUGGCUGGUCUGGCAAUAGCAGCUGCUAUUGGAUGUAUGACUUUACCGGAAACUCUCAAUCAACCAACCAUGGAGAGUUUGUAUUCCGUUCAGAGUGAGCCUAAGAAGGGAGCAGAUGAAAACAGAAACGAGGUUGUUCCUGAAAACGGAGGUGAAACGGUGGCUUCAUUGUGAAAAAGCAGCUCCACAGGCACCAACAAGAAAGUUAAUGCUUCUUCGAACCGUUGUGCCUUACUUCUAGCUGUAAGCUGUGUGCAAGAGACAAGGGCUGUAGUUAUUUUUCUAUAAUCGUUAAAUUGCUACGUAAAGAACUUUUCAUAAUGUUACCUUACUUUUACCAAUUAUUGCAUUCGAUCCUCAUUACUUCGGAGACAGCGCAGUCAUGCAUGCCAGCAUCAAUCGAACGAAUGGACCGUUCUUGUACAUGACGUGAGGUUCGCGCUGGAGAUUGGUCUCAACAAAUAUUGUUAGUCAAUUGAAAAAAAAAAACAAAAAAACGUGCAACAAUUAAAACAACAACGGUGACCACAAAACAAACAAA